AUGGACAUGCCUUUUUUAGGCCAGCGUAUUCCAUGUUCUCAGAUUGUCUACUGGUAUAAGAAGUUUGAUGCUGCAGUCAGUUGCUACUGGCUCAGAGAUAAAAGUUCCUUUAAAAAAAAUCCUGUAUUCCUGUUGGUGAAACGCUACGGACAUCCUUGGAAAAAUGGUCAACGAUUUUCAACGCCAGCGGACGAGUCCCAAAUCCUGGGGUGCCCAUUUUUAGAGCCCUGCGGCGGUGGCGGCGGCGAUGGCGAGGUCUCCACCAAGCGUGCCAAGCUCUCCACUGGCGCCUCCACCGGCGCCGGUAGCGAGGACCGCCUCAGCGCGCUCCCCGACGACAUCCUGGUACUCAUCCUCCGCUGCCUCAGCACCUGCGGCGCCACCCAGACCAGCGUCCUCUCCCGCCGCUGGCGCCGCGUCUGGGCGCUUGUCCCGACGCUCUGCUUCCGCUACACCCCAGAUACCCGCCAGAUCGGCCCCGCCCUGGAGGCUCACGAGACGGCCCUCCUGCGUCUCUCCGUCUUGACCCGGGACGCGGCCCCCGACUCCGUGUCGGCCUGGCUCGCCGUCGCCGCGCGCCGCCUCUCCGGCAGCCUCUUGUUUCACAACACUGUUGUGCGGGAGUGGGGUGCCCAGGAAGGCGAUGAGGAGGAGGCCGCGCAGAAGGGCGCCUUUGAGCUCCCCUGCCUGGAGCGCGCCACGGAGGUCUCGCUUCACCUAGGGUUCCUCGUCCUCGCCGUGCCUCCUGCCGGCGUCUUCGCUCGGCUCUGCGAGCUGUACCUGUCUUCCAUCCGAUUCCACAGCCCGGGGUUGCUCGGCGACGCCGUUUCCUGGCCUCGAUGCCCGUGCCUGCAGAAGCUUAACGUCCUUGACGCCCGGGGGCUGGAUAACCUCUCCAUCCAUACAGAUUCUCUCCGGCAAGUGGAGCUCACCGUUCUGCGCGGCUUGCGGCAGCUCAACAUUGUGGCACCGGCUCUUGAGGAAUUGAAAGUUGCACACUGUUACUUCUACAGUCGGAGGAGCCAGCCGGUUGCCAACAGCACAGCGCCUCAGCUGGCAACCCUUCGGUGGAUGGAUCCAUAUGAUCCAAGCUCUGUCCAUCUUGGCGAGAUGAGACAUCUUCGAUUACUGAAGCCUUUCUUCUUUGUUGUUUAUGGGGAUGACAGCUCCACACACAAUCAGUCUUGUUUAAGUCUCUUGCGGCGUUUCAAGGUCAUCGAACAUCUUAUACUCACACUGAUCUAUCUGUCGGACAUCGAUGACUAUCAAUAUGUGAUGGAAGAUAUGACAAUGCUCCCGAACAUCACGAUUUUGCACCUGAAUAUAUUUGCAAACAAACAUGCUUUUGGGACCAGCGCAUUUCAUGUUCUUAGGAUGUGUUCUGGUAUAAGGAAGCUGAUGCUGGCAUUUCUUGCUCGUACUUAUGUGGAGGCACAAACUGCAUGCCCGCCGGGUUGCAUUUGCGGUGAGCACCAAAACUGGGAAACCGAGCACCUGUUGUUGAAUCACCUCAAAGAAGUAGAAAUCACUCGGAUGAGAGGAUAUGAACAUGAAGUUACUUUUGUGAAGCAGCUGCUCAUUUGGGGGACAGCGUUAGAAAAGGUGACGGUGUUUUUCGAUGAAUCAGUUACUGAAAGCGUGGCCAAGGCGUUGUCCCUGGUGCUACGAAGCUUUCCUAGGCCAGAAAUAAAAAGGGCCGACCGCCGGAGGCUCCCACAUGAGUGGGGUCUGUGGAAGGGAAAAAACGAGGCAAGCUUCCCCCGCAAAAUCUGCGGAGAGGCUGCUUUGAACCCAUGA